AAAAAAACCAAAAGUUUUGUUAAGCCCUAAGAAGAAGUACAUAUAAUUCUCAUUUUGUUCUUCUAGUAAUACUUUGCAUGAUUGGAAGGUUAAUGUAGAUAACAUUCGAAGGAGGCGGAGACUAUUAACAAUGUCACUAGUUCACAGACACAAGACACUACUGAUUGCACACUGGAGAAUAUGGAGGCAGUCUAUGAUUAGGAGAUUAGAAGAGAAAGCUGUAGCUGAGAGUAAAGUCGCUGUAUUAAGGACUGCUCUUGAACAUGUUAUUUUGAGGGAUAUUUUUGUUGUUUGGUUGAAGCAUGCUCAAGAUAGAAGAUCGUAUCGUGUCAUGAGAGACAAAGGACACAAAUUCAAACGGAGAAGAUUGCUAGCAAUUUCUUUUAAAGGAUGGCUCUCCUAUCACAACACUCAAGUCAAGCAAAGAGAGUUGACCAGAAAAGGCGACUAUUUUAAUAAGACAAGACUAAUUUCUUCAUAUUAUUUGAAAUGGAGAGUACAAUUUAUGGAGACAUUAGUUAAUCGCCAUCAAACCACACUCUCUCUUUACCACUGGGGCAGGACAUUGGAAAGAAAGCUGCUGAGAAUUUGGCAUCUUUAUGCCAAAGAAAAGAAGAGGCAAAGGGGGAGGUACCUCGUUGCCAUGGAAACAUAUCGUUCUCAGCUCUUAGUGUCUGGUGUUACCCAAUGGAUUGAAGUUGCAUCUGCUAUGAAGGCCAAUCGUUGCAGUAUCGCAAUGAAACAGAAUAUUGAG